AUGCCUCGCCCGCAAGUCUUCUUCGACAUCACCGUCGGUGGCAAGGCCAUCGGCCGCGUCGUCAUGGAGCUCUACAACGACAUCGUGCCCAAGACCGCCGAGAACUUCCGCUGCCUGUGCACUGGAGAGAAGGGAACCGGCAAGUCUGGCAAGGCCCUCCACUUCAAGGGAUCCAAGUUCCACCGUGUCAUCCCAAACUUCAUGCUCCAGGGAGGUGACUUCACCCGAGGAAACGGUACUGGAGGUGAAUCCAUCUACGGCGAGAAGUUCGCCGACGAGAACUUCAAGGAGCGUCACACUGGCCCCGGAGUCCUCUCCAUGGCUAACGCCGGGCCCAACACCAACGGCUCCCAGUUCUUCAUCUGCACCGUCAAGACUGACUGGCUCGAUGGCAAGCACGUCGUCUUCGGCCGCAUCACCGAUGGAAUGGACGUCGUCAAGACCGUCGAAUCGUACGGAAGCCAAUCUGGCAAGACCAGUGCCGAGGUGUCGAUUGCCGAUUGCGGGCAACUGGCU